CAUGUUCCGUUUCCAGGGCGACUCAGUUGGCGGUCAAAAAGCGCCAAAUCAAAAAUACAGAGGGACAACAGUGAUUAUGUGAAGGGUCCGUGGAAGUCUCUCAGUAUCAAACGCUGCUCAUAUUUGUGCCUUUAACGUUGACCUAUUUACUAACGAGUCAGUUUACCGUUCCAGUUAAAGACUCGUUUAGUUUGAUAAAGAAAAACAACAUGGAGGAACUCUUCAGCAAAGUGUUACAAGUGAACGUGAGGUGCAGGGACUGUGAGGAAAGGAAAGCAAAUAUCCGUGUCACCAUUGAGCUUCAGUUGACAACAAGUCCAGUACACAAAAGGGAUCUUAUAGUAAAACUAACAGAUGAUCUAGACCCAUAUUUUCUCUUCAACCUCUCUAUAUCAGAAGAAGAUUUCCAAAGUUUGAAAGUCCAGCAGGGGCUGCUGAUAGACUUUGCGUCAUUUCCCCAGAAGUUUAUUGACCUGCUUAAUCUGUGCUGUUCUGAACAACAGUCAGACAAUCCAAGGUUUCUUCUGCACUUUGUCAUGGUCUAUUCUCGCAGUUGCUGGAAGGCCCUUGCCAACUUCAAAAGGAACAGUACUUGUCUUAACAUAUCUGUAAUCCUCUCACAGACUCUGUCUGAGAAGACAAAAGAGUUGGACAAACUGCGUUCAGAGUGGACGAAUCAGACCAGCUGUCUGUCCAGCCGUCACUCUGAGGAGUUACAAUCAGAAAGAGAAAAGGCUGUGGAGUUACAGAGCAGGCUUCAGCAGCAGACUGAGCAGCUCCGUCAGGAGCUGGAGAGUGCCCACAAGAAGAGCAGCCAGCAGCUUCAUUGCAAGCUGACAGAGCUGGAGGCAUCCUGCAGAGAGUUGACAGAGAGGAAAUACAAGAACGAGUCUGCCAUUAGAGACCUGAAGAUUACAGCAGUGGGCGCAGAGGAGGAGUGCCAGCGUCUGAAGCAACAGGUCCUGUCUCUCAGGAGGGAGAACAGCACUCUGGAUACAGAGGUCCAUGAGAAGGAGCGUUUGGUGAGCCAGCUCCAGAUGAGAGUAGCUGUUCUGGAACAAGAGAUCAAGGAUAAGGACCAGCUCAUGCACCGCACAAAAGAGGUGCUGGAAGCCACUCAGCAGCAGAAGGAAUCAAUGGAAGACAAUGCUGAAAGUAAAGAACAUCAGAUCAGAAAACUUGAAGCAACGGUGAAAUCACUGUCUGAGGAGCUGAUAAAGGCUAAUGGUAUCAUUAAGAAGCUGCAGGGAGAGGUUCGAGGCCUAGUUGGAAAAAUAAAAGUAAAAAACACUGUGACUGUGUCACAGGAGAAGGUCCUCCAGGACACGUCAGAAAAACUUCAAAAUGUUGAAAUGGAUCUUCAGAGAACUCAGCAGCAGCUCGUCAGCAAGGAUGAGCAGGUUUCAAAACUGAAAGAGCAGUUGGAGACGACGGUACAGAAGUUAAAUGAAAGCAGAGAGGUGUUAAAAACCAAUGAGAAUGUUAUAAGAUGGCUUAACAAACAGCUAAAUGACAAGCACCUGUCCAGAAAGCCACAGUCUCCUGAAUCUUUGGAGAAUCCUUCAGUUUUAUCCACAUCAACAGGACUAAGGGUAGGAGAUACUUCCUGGCUGAGCCAAAAUACUUCCUAAUUAAACACUGUUUUCUGUGUUCCUAUAUCAGUUGAGCAGUCAGAAUCUCAGUCAACUUCCUCCUUUCCUUUACUUAGAUAUGCUCUUUACAAAACUCAUCUAUGUUGAAAAGACAACCACGUUUUGAACAUGGUUAAAAGAUAGAGACAUAAAUGUACACUGCGUGCACAAUUAUUGGGCAAGUUGUAUUCCUGAGGAUUCAUUUUAUUUUCAAUAGUACAGUGCGUUUAUAUACUCAAUCCAACAUGUUGAUAAACCUCAAACCUGAGUAUUUAACAAAGGAAAAGUGAGUUUUAGCUUUCUCAGGAGAAUAUUGACGGAAUGUCGUAAAUACCACAACUUUUAAUCGUGAAUGUCUUCAGAUGGCUGUGUCCAAAUCUGCAGUUGAUCCUAUACAUUCCCUAGGAGGAGUUCGUUCAAAUAUGUGUGCAAAUCGCCAAAAAUGGCCGCUAAAUCCAAAAUGGCCGACUUCCUGUUGGGUUUAGGAUAUGGCACCCACUUGAUUUUUUUGUGCGUCAGGAUAAGAUCUAGACGUGGUGCCGAUUUUUAUGCAUAUAAAAGAAAGGGGCCCUGGGUGGUACAGUUUAU